AUCUCUCAAAUAUAUAAGUAUAAUACAUAGUUACUUUAUAGAAUACGGUCCAUUAUUACUUGUUUUAAUUGAUCGGCUACCGACUUUAUAACUAUAAAUCUCACUUUCUAUCAUAAUUACAGUCUAUCAAUUACCAUAUAUCUAGUGACUCUCUUAUAUAAAUAAUUUCUGUACGCAACAAAUAGACAAAUAUAAUGUUCAUACAAUAACUCGGACAAUCGGCCAAACCUGAAAACCACUUACAUUGUAUGAGAACAUGAGAUGAGCCACACCUCACACCCAAAAAAAAACCCAAGAAUUAUGAGGCAAACCGUAUAAGAAACCGAUGCUGCUUCUAUUAAAAAAAACAAAAAUGAAAGGUAAAAAUUACUAAAAUUGAUGAAUUAAUGACGAAAAGUAAGCAUUGGUAAAAUACAAAAAUAUAGUGUAAAUUUCUUGGGCUUUGUUUUGGGGUGCUCUGUGUUCAUUUGCAUAAUUACCACCAUUACCCCUCCUCUCUUUCUCUCUCUUCCUCCACCACAACCACCAACAACAACACCCACCUUUUUCAAUUUCCCGACGCCGCCAUUUUCUCUCUCCGAUCACCAUUUUUCCUCUCUUUCUCUCUCCUAUUUUUCUGGGAAAGAGAGGGGAAAUUGUGUUGAUUUUGUUUUGAUAUGGGUGUAAUUUCAACUUUCAAGCUGUAGCAGAGAGAAGAAGAGGAAGAGAAAGAGGGGUUUCUUUGAUAAUUUCUGAUUUUUCUCAUGGAGAAGCGCGUUUAUCAACUUUGGAAAGGCAGCAAUAUAUUUCUUUGCGAUGGACGAGUAAUCCUAGGGCCAGAUGCUAAAUCACUACUUAUCACCGUAUUGCUGAUCACUGUUCCAAGUGUCGUCUUUUGUAUAUUUGUAGCAUGGCACCUCCGUCACCAAUUUGCUUCAUAUAAUGCUGGAUAUGCAAUCAUGGUGGUAGCCAUUAUUUUUACAAUAUGUGUAUUACUUCUUCUGUUGCGUACUUCUACGAGGGAUCCAGGGAUUGUACCACGUAAUUCACAUCCACCAGAGGAAGAAUUCCGUUAUGACUCUUCUGUUGUUGAGACUGGUGGAAGACAAACACCAGGCCUUCAGUUUCCUCGGACAAAAGAAGUUAUGGUUAAUGGAAUUCCAGUGAGGGUAAAGUAUUGCGACACAUGUAUGCUUUAUCGACCCCCGCGUUGCUCUCAUUGCUCAAUAUGCAACAACUGUGUGGAGCGUUUUGACCACCAUUGCCCUUGGGUUGGCCAAUGUAUUGGUUUGCGCAACUACCGGUUUUUCUUUCUCUUUGUGUCGUCAGCUACUCUACUGUGCAUUUAUGUGUUUGCCAUUUCAGCCUUCUAUAUGAAGGUUCUGAUGAAUGACAACCAUUAUACUGUUUGGAAAGCAAUGAAAGAUUCUCCAGCAUCAGUAGUCCUUAUGGCUUAUUGUUUUAUAUCUUUAUGGUUUGUCGGUGGACUCACUGGCUUCCAUUUGUACCUUAUCAGUUCAAAUCAGACGACAUAUGAGAACUUCCGUUAUAGAACUGACAGCAGGCUCAAUGUCUACAAUAGAGGGUGUUUCAAUAAUUUUGCUGAAGUGUUAUUCUCAAAGAUCAAACCAUCAAGAAACAAGUUUCGGGCUUUUGUCGAGGAAGAGGUACCACGGCCGCCACCUCUGCGUACCACACCGGAAAAUGAACCUGUGGAUGAUACAGGUGACCAGCGUACCAAGGUAGAAGAUGACUUGGACUUUGGGGGAGAUCUGCUAAAGAUUUCACAGCGCCGCAAUGUUGAAGAUAUAGAGGAUACUAUACGCAGCGGAGGAAAUCAUGUACUUCAUAAUAGUUCAGAGGGUGAAUCUUAUGUGAGUUCAGUCCGCUCGGAUUAUCAUACUGCUCCGAUUCGUGCAGAUAUCCGGCACUCUAGUUGGGGUAGAAGUGAGAGCUGGGAAAUUGCACCUGAUGUCUCAGCAAGACAUGCGCAUGAAGGAUAAUGCUGCGCUUCUAAUAUGAAAUCGUGAUUGAUGGAAGUUGAUAUAGUUUUGUACAUUUGAUCUCUGGGAUUUAACAAUCUGACCCCCAUUGGUUAGUGUCUCUUACAGCACAGCCCCUGCCCCUCAGUCUCAGCCUUGGGAUUUCAUCCUUCAAGUUGUAUCUUAUUGCAUCAAGUUUUUUGACAUUAUAUCCGAAGCAGUAGUGAAUAGAAUCAUGUGUGAGAUCUAGAAAGAUAUAGUUUUGACAUGGUCUGUUGCCUUAACAGGGAUCAUAUCGGCCUUGCUGGUAAUUCUUUUGUAAAUACGAAUUUGUUGGAUGAAAUUUUGUAAUUGGUAUGCGAACUCUAUGCUUUGUACCUUCUGUUUAUGUUUGUGGUCGAAGCAUUAUUAUUAUUUUUAUCAAAACUUUGUAGCUUCUGUGUAGCAGCAGCCACAGCCAGAAGAGUGCCAUAGAUUAACUAA